UAUGACUCUGAGAGAGAAAUUACACAUACGACCUCAAUUAAAUGUUCCAUUUUUCCAACUUCCCACCAUACAUUCUCCAUUUUCGCCGGGAUCGGAUUCACCGAGGGCUCCAAGCUGAAAGCUCCCUCCUCCAUGUCGCGGGCCCGGCCGAGUCAGCUCCGAGCCGAACGAGUCGGCAAUCCUGUUAUGCAUGAACGGAGAAUCGUUAUACCGAACAGGCACGGCGAGAAUCUUGUGGGCAUAUUGCACGAGACAGGGUCGAAGGAGCUCGUUGUGUUGUGUCAUGGGUUCCAGUCUUCAAAGGAGCGCAUUCCUAUGGUAAACCUUGCCGGCGCUUUGGAGAGGGAGGGAAUCAGCGCUUUCCGUUUUGACUUUGCAGGAAACGGGGAAAGCGAAGGUUCAUUUCAGUAUGGUAACUAUUGGAGAGAAGCUGAUGACUUACGGGCUGUAAUCGAACAUUUCUUGGGGCAGAAACGUUUUAUAAAGGCAAUUAUUGGACACAGCAAAGGAGGAAAUGUAGUGCUCUUGUAUGCAUCAAAAUAUAGUGACGUAAAUAUUGUAGUCAACAUAUCUGGACGUUUCAAUCUGGAGAGAGGCAUUGAAGGUCGAUUAGGUAAAGAUUUUCUGCAAAGGAUCAAGAAGAAUGGAUUCAUUGAUGUGAAGAAUAAAAGAGGAAAGUUCGAGUAUCGAGUAACAGAAGAAAGUUUGAUUGACCGCCUUACAACUGAUACUUGCACAUCAUCCCAAAUUAUUUCCAGAGACUGCAGGGUGUUGACUGUUCAUGGUUCUAUUGACAAAAUUGUACCGGCGGAAGAUUCUCUGGAGUUUGCCAAGGUGAUAUCGAAUCACAAGCUGUGCAUCAUAGAAGGAGCUGAUCAUGAAUACACCUCGCAUCAGGAUGAGUUAACUUCUGUUGUCUUGGAUUUUGUGAAGACUGAUAGUUGUCCAAACAAAAGCACGGUCAAUCCAUUUCUGCCACCAAAACCUGCAAAUUCUCCUCAUUCAAGGAUGUGAAAACAUCAUCGCUUCUGCUGCCCUUUUUUACUUCCAAUAUGAGGACUGGCAGAGCCAUGCAAACAAGCACUCCUCUCACUUGUCCUCACCUUUCCGAGCUAUUCAAGCGCAUUGACAUCAUAGUUGGAAAAAAUGUACCCAUCAUGCAACUUGGUAUCAUGUUUCUAGUCAAAUGCAAAGUAAACAAAUCAUGCAGUGAAAAAAAUGUCGCAACUUGCAUGAUUACAGCCUUAAAAUACUUGUCAAGUUUCAAGCCAACUGUACAGAACUGCCAAGCUUAGCACUGGUAACAGGCAGGUCAUUCUUUGAUGUCAUUGCAAGUCUAUUCUGGUGUA